GCUUUUUAAAUCUUAAGCUGCAAGGGAGGAUUUAGUAGACAACUCCAGUGUCUCAGUACGUGUAUCAAUUGCGACCGCCAUGAGCCUUCGAUCAUGUACCUCCAUGUCCAGGCGCCACGAUCAUGCCUGGUGUGCUUUGUUGGAACAAUAAUCAUGAGAUCAUCUAUCUUCAACUCCAGCAGAAGUAGCUAGCAGAUAGAUAGUCUAGUAGCUGGUAGAAAGAGCAAGAGUUAUACCGAAGAUGUUGUCAACACGUGCGCUGAAACGACAGUGGGGAUGCUGGUCCUUUUUGUUCUGGAGCUUCCUUCUCUUAGUGCCAUGUGCGGACACUACGUCCAUCCCACGCCAAGACCGCGAUUUGAUUGUGAAUGGUGUUGUGCCAACCGACAACUCGACCGCGUUUCCUUGGUUUGUCUUUAACCGAUUUGGUCGAAGCCGUGGUUGUGGCGGCACAUUGAUUCACAAGGACAUUGUCCUGUCGGCAGCUCAUUGUCACAAUGUCUUUCAGGACCGUGGGUUGUAUGUGGGAGGAACGACCGACUACGGCAUGGAUGGCACCUUUCACGAAGAUGAAACGGUCGUGGUACACCCGUCGUUUGAUGGAGACACGCUGGCCCAUGAUUUGCUAUUGGUCAAACUAGAGACAUGGAAUCCACAAGCAGCCACUGUGACUUGGGGUUUCGACGACAGCAAUACUAAUAAUGACACGGAUGAUAUUAUACUGACCCCGCAGACAGGGCAAGAAGUACUGGUGAUUGGAUUUGGUACUACCUUAGAAAAUGGACCUCUUUCACUGGAUUUGCUGCAAGCCACGGUCCAUAUCACCGAUCAAGAGUUUUGUCGAGACUACUACCAACAGAACUAUGACACACCCGUUACCGAUGAUCAAGUCUGUGCCAUGGACAAUGCUACCACCAAUGCAUCCUCCAUACAAGACGCCUGCUACAACGAUUCUGGAGGACCCCUGUUGCAGCAACUCGCAGACGGUAGUUUCCAACAAGUUGGCAUUAUCAUCUUUAGCAUUGGCUGUGCCAGACCCAAUGUCCCUGCCGUUUAUGUUCGACUGAAUGCUUACAAGGACUGGAUCCAACAGGGAAUUUGUGAACUCUCCUACGAUCCACCCGUCUGGUGUGAUACUAUUACUACUACUAGAAGCAAUUACAGCUUUACAACAGUUCCAUCACCAGGACAAUCCGCUUCCACGACGAAUCCUGGAUCGUCUGGUGUCAGCAGCAAUGAUCGAGCUGUUCCGGGUGCUGUGCCGACCACGGCUCCAACACAAGAAGAUUCGACAAUCGUUUCCACUGAUCUAGAUCUACCGAGCAGCAGUGCCACGGCCUCACUCCAGUGGUGGCCUGUCUCGAGUAGUACGGUGGCAUUGGCGAUGCUAUUGCUUUUCGGAUGAAAUGAAAACACGCGAAUACC